GUAGCCCAUCUGGACCCGCCGCAGCCCAUUAUUGAGGCCAUCGUCGGCGGACGGCCGUUGCAGAGCACCCGCAGACAUCUUUCGUUAAACCCUUCGAAAGCCCCUUCCCUCUUCUCUCGCUCUCUCUCUCUCUCUCUCUCUCUCUCUCUCCUCUCCUCUGUUUUGUUGAUUGGGCUUCGGAAUUCUUUCAGUUCAGCGAAUAUUGCGAAGAUCUCUCUGGGUCUUUGAGGAUAUGGCUUUUCGAGGACUGCUGCAGGGAGCUCGAAGUCUUCACCGGGCGCCUCAGCUUCAAGGAUCUCCAUACCUGCUUGGAAACUCAAGAAGCUACUCAAGAGUGAUCUCUAGUGGAUGCAUCUUUUCUUUGUCACAUGAAGACCAAAAUGCCCCUCUCCUACCUCGUGGAAGUGCAAUGACUCUUCAUUCCACGAAGGUAACUUCUUGGAUAUGGAUCUCCGACAACUGCACUCUCAAUUUACGUGAUUCUGUGAGAUCAUUGGCAACUCAAGUAAAACCUUCAGCCCAAGCUCGCCAGAGGGGGGCUCAAAUUUCAUUGUUUAGUCCUGGGUUUGUUUAUGCACCAUAUACUCCUCGUGAACCAAUCCCGUUUUGGAAGAGAUGGUUCACACGAAGUGGUUGGCGAAGAACCAAAGAUGAUGUCAUCCUAGAGCUUAAAAGUGCUUAUGCCAUCGCUAAGCUGAGAAGAACUGGAUACACGAAACAGCAGUUCUACCUGGAGGCCAUUGAUUUAUAUAAGAAGAUAAACUUUCUGGUGGCUCAUGGUGACAAAAAAUCGCUGCGGAAGCUUGUUACAGAGAAAAUGUACUCCACGCUAAAAAAUGAUAUUAAGCAGAGAACAUCUAUGUGGAGCACGGUUUACUGGGAAAUGGUUGAACCUGCUGUGAAGAUACGAACUUUACGAGCUAGGCUUCACCAUCUUCUGAGACAGAUUGGAGUGGACAAAAAUGACGUCAACAAAGUGUUUGUUCAACUAACGCUCGAGUUCUUAACUAAGCAGAGAUUUGAGGCUUAUGAUUCAAAUGGCAAAGUAGUCGCUGGUGAUAAAAAUAAGGAGAUCCUUGUCCGGGACAUCUGGGUAUUUGAGAAAUCUCUCUUUCACACUGGAGCACACUGGCGACUCUGCGGGAAGAUCGUGCUAUGAGUCGGCUCGUCUUUCACAUGCAUAAGAUCUGCUCAACUGGUGGAUAAAACUAAUAAUCGUGAUCACCCAUUUUGUAAGUUGGGACGGAGUGAUCCAUUCCUCAUAGAAAUGACAUUUUCUUUUCAAAAAAAGCAUCGGCUGGUUUUUGUAUUCUUAUCCAUCAUUAGUUAUAGCAUGGGACUGCUCUUGACUGGCGAUGUAUUUCACUAACUUAGAGGAAGCUUUUAGUUUUUAUGCAUGAGUUUGUGUUACAUAAUGACUACUUCUGAGGAAUGUUGGUGAAGCUAUCCAAAGAAGAUGGUCUGGACCGACUCGAUAAGUGUUUCUGUUGAUGGAAUGUACUCAUAACAUCCCGAUAGCAGAUUUUAUUCAAAUUUGGAUGUGAAGAUGUGUUGGCUU